CUGAAAGGCAUAGUUCCUGAAAAGUAUAUAACAGAGAUUAUAUGGAGGAGGAAAUGAGGACGUAAUUUGAAAACUCGCGUCUACGGAUUUCUCUAGGGACUGUCGGUAAAGUUUUUGACACUCGCAUCACCAUUUGAAAACUCACGUCUAGGGAUUUUUCUAGGGACUGUCGUCUAUGAGUGUAAAAGAUUGCACUACAAUAAUAAUAAAAUAGUAAAUACAGUGUGCAAUAUCGAAAGUGGCAUAAAUGGUCCACAAUACGUUGAUACAAUGACAGAUUUUAUAUGUAAAUAGAUAAGUACGUAAAUAAAUAAGUAAAAAAGUAAACAAAUUAUUCUCGAUACGGCUAAGUAUUAACAAAAGAAAGGUGUUAUACAUUCAAUUUAGCCGCUUAAGAAAAGUUAGGCAAGUAUUAUCUGUGUUCGGUCAGCUGAUUAAUAACUUUCUCACUAAAGAUGAUGCAUGUCGUUGGUGUAGUAGUAAUUGUAAUUAUUUAAUGAGAAUUAAAAUAGUGUAAGCAUGGAAGAAAAACGUGGUUCUAACAUAGUGGAAGAUGAAGAUCUAGAAGAAACAGAGAAUAUAAUAAUAAAUGAAGUUGAUGGAUUACCAAAUUUACAUCCUAAUUACCAGCAGUUGGGACUUGAGUUUGAUGUACAGAAAGAUCAUAAUGAUUUAAGUACAAGGUCUAUGGAAGAUUUAGUACACGACGAAGAUUUGCCAACCUCUGUCAUUGUAACUAAUGUAGACCCUCGGGUUUUUAAAAGUGAUGAAUUGAAGAAAGAAAUAGAGAAUCUCUUUAAAAGAUUUGGAGAGGAUGCUACAUUUCAAUAUUUUAGAUCAUUUAGAAGAAUGAGAGUAAAUUACAGUUCGCCAAAUGCAGCAGCAAAUGCCAGAAUACAGUUACACCAAACACAUUUUGGUGAGACCGAUAUCAAUUGUUAUUUUGCACAACCUGUUACUCCCAUAGACAUAGAAGAUCAACAUCUUCAACCACCAGCUCUCACUAAACAGUUCUUAAUUUCACCACCUGCAUCACCACCUGUUGGAUGGGAGCCCAGAGAAGAAAACGAACCUUUAGUUAAUCAUGAUUUAUUAGCAGCUAUAGCAAAUUUAUCUGCAGGAGGUAGUCAUGAAUUACACCCUGGAGGUUCAGGACAACCAGGCAUAGUUGUUCACGUUUGCGAAACGACAAAUCCUAUGAAAACCGUUCCACGUAUUCAACAUACACGUUGUCCAGAACAUUCGUAAGCAAUUUAACUAGAAAUAUUGUCCAUCCUAUGACAAUGAAUUAUUUAUCCAUCCAGCAAGCAAUUAGAAGCAUUACAGACAAUGAUAUUCAACAUUUAAAAAUUUGUUAUUGUCAUAUUGAAAAAUUGAUAUUUCAUUAAUUUGUGAUAAUAAUUAUCACAGGAAAUGAUUUGUAAAUGUUUUUUGCUCAAAUACAAAUAUAUAUAAAUCAUGUUAUUUCAUGCUGGUAUUGCAAAUAAAAAUAUAUUGUCAAAAACGUGAUAUAACUUGACAUAACUUAAAAAUCAUCGAAUACUUAAUAAUGUACAAAUAAAAUAUUAGAAAAACAAUUUCAGGAUAGUUUCAUAAAUUUUGUAGUGAUUCUUAUAAUUCUUCUGAUUUGAAAAUGUGAUUGAAAAUAUUAGAUGCUUAUUUGACAUUUAAAAAUUAAUAAAACUAACAAUACAGUGUCAAGGAUAAAAGGUAUUGAAUUUAGCAAUAUCAAAACUAUUUCAAAUUGAUGUCGCAGAUAUUCUUAAAAAAAGAUACAUAAAAAUUUAUGAUUGUAGAAGAAAUAAAUAGGAUUAACUUCUUGGUCUAAUAAUUGUUUUGAAAUUUGAAAAAUAAUUAACUUGAAAAUACAGAUUUGUAAACAAAUAGGUAUAUGUGCGCUAAAUUUAAGGGCAAUUAUAAACCUUGAUGUAUAUUUAAUGUACAUACAUGUUAUAAUGAAAGUGUACCAUGUAAACGAAAAUUAGCGCUGUUAAUACUACUCUUGAUUAUAGUUUAAUUAAUUAAGAUUCCAAUUAAAAAAUGAAUAAUUUCGUUUCUUUUUUAAACAGUGUUACAACUUUUUGAAAUAUACACAUCGGUAAAUAGACAAUUAAUAGCAUUGUUUUAUUUGAAAAAAAAUUGAAAUUAAUUGUAAUUGGAAAUAUUGCAUAUUAUUCGCAAUGUAUUAGUGUUAUUAUUUUAUUGUAACAGUGAUAUUUACAUAUACAUGUACGUAAAUGUAUAUAAUGUUCUCACUCACAUGAAAUGUGUUUCAUAUUGAUGUAAAAUUUAAUCUAUUAUAGAAUCUGAUAUAGAACUGUUGAAAGUUUAUAAAUAUGUUAUAAUAAAUUACUUUUGUGUGAAUAAAUACGUUAUUCAAA